AUUUUUUUAUUUAUUUUAUAUAUUUUGUGAAUAAAUUUAUGAAGUAGAUUGCUCGUUUAUAUUGAAAACUCUACCGUGUUUGAGAAUUGAACUCGCUACCGUUGCCAUCAGUGUUAGUCGUGAUCCUUUGCCUACCCGGUGGCUACAUAUGCGGAUCUUUGUAAAUUUGCAGUUUAAUUUCCGUGGCGAUACACAAUUGAAGGAAAAACAAUUAGGGAGAGGUUUUCUUUGGCAGCUAGACUAUCUGCAAGCGAUUUAUUCUGCCGUAAUGGUGUUUUUAAUAUCGAAAAAUAAGUCCCAUGGAAGCGUAGGUUAUAUACGAUGCGGUAAAGACUCGAACCAUCUUAUAAAUCAAAGCGAAUUUAAGAUCAAACAAGGGUGAGAGUGCAUUGUUGAAAUAGACGCAUCACAAAUGGAGCCCAAUAAAAUCGAAUGCAACAUAUUUAUGUUAUUGUAAUUUGCAAGACCUGUCUUUGGAAUUCCUAAUACAAUUCUAAUUGGUUCUAAAUUAUGUACAGACGCCCCUAUUAAAUGUUGUCGUUAACGAACAAUUAAUGUCAUUGACAAUUUUUAAAAAUAAACAAGAAGAAAAAAUUGCACAGAGGCUGUUGAAUUCAUUCGCAUUUCAUUCACACUUGAUACAACACGUCAUCUGUGCAAACGGCAGUUGGAUAAUUUUUGUGUUUUACCGGGUUGAAGGUUCAGCUGCAAAUGGGGCCUACAUUAAUGAAUUGAAGACUAAUUAUAUUGUGCCAACGUUAGAAAACUUCAGCCAAGGCCCUAUAGACGAUCGCGAGUACUUAGUAUCCGAUAGACAUUCGACACAAUACGGUAUAGUCUUUUACCGCACCGCUGCUAAUCUUUUAGAAACGACUUGUUGCACUUUCGGACCUUUCACUUCUCCACAAAAAGUCGUUGAGAUUUUUGAACGGUUGCCUCUAGUUGGUGGUGGUAUGGAGUCAUGUGCAAAUUUAGCGGAAGGGUUUGCCACUGCUCAUGUGUGUUUCGAAGAUAUGAAGGAAACUAGAGCUCCUUUUAUAGAAGGAUCAAUGGCAUUGCAAAAACAUUGUGUCUUGGUGUGUAAUAGUCCACCAUAUUCUAUACCUGUUACGGAAUGCUGGAAAUUUGCUGGAAAAACAGUGGAGCAGUUGGCCACUUUAUUUCAUGAACGUAAAAUUUAUUUAUCAAUUAUUGCUCCACGUAAAAUGCCAGUUUUGUAUAAACUUUAUAUGAAAGCUGAUGGUGACCAACCUUUAACAGCGAAAAAUUAUGCUAAAAACAUACGUCAUUUGGUGCUUCUAAAAGGUUACCAUCUUAAGGAAAGGCCACAAAGUCCUAAUGGAAUUAUGGGUACAAAUCAGGCUUUGCAAAUGUCUGGAACUCAGCAACAUCCAAAUGCUCAACAAACAGGCCAAAAUGCUGGAAUAGUUAUGGAUGGCAAUCACGCUUCAUCUCAACAACAACAGCAGCAACAAUCAGCUCAAGUGGGUGGUAUGAAUCCUAAUCAACAGCCUGGCAAUCCCCUCAGUCAGCAAAUGUUGCAACAGCAGCAAUUUUCAGCCCAAAAUUCUCAAAAUCCAAUGCAAAAUCCUAACUUCCAACCCCAAGGAAAUCGGUGGAUCUUUGCAACAAAUCAACAGCAGACACAAAACCGACCACAGUUUAUUGGUGGAUCGAACAGUGGCGUCGUGGCUUCAAUGGUUAACGCACAAAGCUUGGCGGGACAAAAUCCUAACUCCGCCUUGAUAUCGCAACUUAGCGCUCCACCGAAUCAAAAUAUUAACCCCAUGUUACAACAGCAGCAACAAAUACGCAUGCAAAUGUUGAAUCAACAGCAACAACUUCAACAGCUACAACAAGGGAACAUGCAUUCGGGAUCGGGAACGUCAAAUCAGAUACCAACAAGUGCACCAAAUCAAGCAAACACCUCCGUACCAGUGCAGCAACAUCAACCAGGAACUAGUUCCGAUCAAACGGUAAUGCGAGAAAAAAUCUGGUCUGGCACUUUGGAAUGGGUUGAAAAACUUAAAACUGAUCAACCAAAAAUUACACGUUCAAUACAGUGCACGGUUACUUCAAGUAUCAAGGAUGGUGAGCCUGAAAUCAAAGCUAUAAAUUGGCCUCCCAAAAUGUUUAUGCAGUUAAUGCCAAAGCAAUUGGUGGGAAAUAUUGGUGGAGGUUAUUUUAAGGAAUCUAAAACUGUUGUCUUCAAACCUCAACCGUGCGAAGCAUCUGAAAGUUUGGCGAAAAACAUGACACAACUUUUUGCUGGCUGUGUACACUUUACUACACCAACCAAUAUGCCAACGUGCGAUAUUAAAGUUCUCAUCUUACUUUAUACUGCGGAAAAAAACGCAUUUCUCGGUUUUAUACCAAAUAACCAAGCGAUGUUUGUUGAACGCUUGCGAAAAGUUAUACAGCAAAAACAAUCGAUGGGCAUGCAACAAUCAGCAGUAACAGGAAACAUACAACAGCAACAACAGCAGCAACAAAUACAGAAUGCGAUGACAGCGCAGGUACAAAACCCAUUGCCAUCUAAUGUACUGAACGCUCAGCAACAACAGCAAGAUACGCAGCAACAACAACAACAGCAUUACAAUCAAUAUGCUACAAGUCAACAACAAAUAAAUAUGCAAAUCGGUGGUCCCAUAGGACCCAGCCCUCAAUUGGGCGCAGGGGAUCAAGUAGGCACUGGCAAUCCAAUUCAGCAACAACAAAUAGCAAUGAUGCAACAUCAGAGAGGAGCGAUGAUGGGAACUGGACCCAAUAAUCCACAACAGCAAAUACCUCCACAGCAUGCACUACAGCAGCAGCAACAGCGCAUGGUGCGACCCAUGAUGAGCAACAAUCCUGGGUUAAGACAUUUGCUACAACAGCAAUCCACGCCGGGACAACAAUUUCGUCCGCAAAUGAGCGCAGUUGGAGGGCAAGGCGUGUCUAUAGGUCCGGGUAUGGGCCCUAAUCAAAUAGGAAGCGGUCCUGGUGGUUCUGGUGGACCUAAUCGGCCUUUUGAGGAAAAUUUUGAAAUGUAUUAAAAUUACUUAAGAAAAUAAAAUCAAAAACCACAAUUUCAUGAAAUGGACUUAGUGCAUAUACAUAAUAGCAACUGAACACAUCUCUAGUAUGAUAUACAGCUGUA